ACGACGUCGACCACGACGAGUAUACAGCACAACAAACAAUGGCUAAAGUUUACGAAAAAUCCAUUUCUCAGCUUAGCAACAAUUCGUCGUCGCUACAGCCACAACAGCAUCUUUUGGUAGCUCAACUUUUACAUCAGCAGCAACAACAACAACAGCAACAACAUCCAAAUGGCUUGCAACAACAACAAUCCUUGUUGAGCAAUGGCAGCCGUGUCAAUCUGAAUCUUAGCAACAAUGCCAAUAUUAUUGGUGGCAUGAGUUCAUUCGAUGAUGAUUCGCUACCAGAUUAUUCGGAAUUUGAUUCAGAAUCGGUAACAUUGGACUAUUUCAAGGAAAGUUCACGACGUCCAUCACCAUCGAAAAUGGCGCCCACAACGACUAUCGAAACCAUAACAAUCACCCGACCGUUAAAGGUCAUUGCAUUUAUUUGUGGCGUUAUUGUUAUACUAUUAAUGAUUAUGGCAUUGGCAUCCACCGAUUGGCUAAUGGCUGAAGGCUGGCGUCAAGGUCUAUUUGUCCAUUGCAUCGAAGAGGAUGUAUUGCCACCACUUCCAUUUAAUAUAAUUGAUCCUCCAGGCUGUUAUCCCAGUCGUGAUGUUUUUUAUAUUAAAGCAACAGCUGUACUAUGUGUUAUAACGCUAAUAACGGAUGUUAUUGCAACAAUAUUAACCGGACUUGGUUUAAAAACUCAAAAUCACACAUUAAAAUAUAAAUUUUAUAGAAUUGCGGUAUUAGUAAUGCUAUUAUCAUUAUUAGCUGUAUUAUCGGCCUUAAUAAUUUAUCCCGUAUGUUUUGCUGGAGAACUGAAUCUGGCGAAUCGACCAAUUUGGGAAUUUGGCUGGGCCUAUGGCGUUGGCUGGGGUGCUGCCAUUUUCCUAUUUGGAGCCGUCGUACUAUUACUGUGCGACAAAGAAUCCGAGGAGAUUUACUAUAAGGAAAGAAAAAUUGUACAUGAAAACCAAAUGCGCGCCUAGGCCAGGCCGCACGACCUGCCUGACGUCGUUCUUUAGACAUAUAAGUAUACUUUUUGAAUUGAAAACGAAACAAAUAUUUUUAUUAACAAUUAUAAAUAUUAUAAUUAUGAUUACUAUUAUUAUUUUAUUA